AUGCCACAUAGACCAGUAUAUCGUGAAGAUAAAACAACUACAAAGAUGUGUAUAGUUUUUGAUGCGUCAUCAAGUGAUUCGGAGCAUGGAUCGUUAAAUAAAUUUUUAAGCCCAGGUGAAAAUUUACUGCCAAACUUAGUGUCAAUAUUGCUAAGGUUUCGUUCAAAGAGAAUUGCUAUGACAGCAGAUAUUGAGAAGGCAUUUUUGCAAAUUGCUAUAGACCAAAGCGAUCGCGAUACACAUAGAUUUUUAUGGUAUGACAAAAUGCCAAGUAUAAACGAACAACUGCCAAAUAUUGUAGAAAUGCGUAUGACGAGAGUAACAUUUGGAGUUACUUCUAGCCCUUUUUUGCUAUCCGCAGUUAUUCGAAAACAUUUAACGAGUUGCAAAGAAACAUUUCCAGCAACAUGUGAGGCACUAUUAAAGUCAUUUUAUGUAGAUGAUCUUUUAAUUAGUUGUCAUGAAGUUGAAGAAGCCAAGAAAAUUUAUUUCGAAUCAAAGAAAAUUAUGAGCGAAUUCAAACUGCAUAGACAUAAGAAAAUGUUGUGCAAGCGAAGGUAA